AAGAAAAAGAGGGGAACCACCUGGUUCUUGAGGGUCACGAGAUGGAGCAGCAGAACCUGAUCCGUCGGGUCACCCACCUUCCCUUGGUCAGCUCCACCUGCCACCUGGUCUCCUCUGCCUACGCCUGCACCAAGGAGACGAGCCCCUACCUGAAAUCCGUCUGCGAUGUGGCCGAGAAAGGGGUGAAGACCCUCACCGCAGCUGCCCUGUGCGGUGCCCAACCAUUGGUCACCAGGCUGGAGCCUCAGCUUGCAACAGUGUGUGUGUACGCAUGCAAAGGACUGGAUAAACUGGAAGAAAAACUGCCUAUCCUACAGCAGCCGACUGAGAAGGUGGUAGCAGACACCAAGGAAUUAUUGUCGAACAAAGUCACCGGAGCCCGAAUUGUCGUUUCCAGCACCGUCUACGGGGCGAAGGAGGCCGUGUCCAGUGGCGUGAACGGGAUGGUGGGCAUGGCCAAGGGGGCCGUCCAGGGCAGCGUGGAGAUGACCUGCUCCGUCGUGGCAGGGGGUGUGAACAGCGUUAUGGGCUCCAGAGUGGGUGAGAUGGUGGUCACCAGUAUGGAUACGAUGCUGGGCAAGUCUGAAGAAUUAGUCGAUUACUAUCUCCCCAUGACGGAACGAGAACUCGCCGAACUGGCUACCUCCAUGGAGGGCUUCGAAACGGGCCCGGUGGAGCAGCAGAAGCAACGGAAAAGUUACUUUGUGCGGCUGGGGUCCUUGUCCAGCAAACUUCGCCACCGCAUCUUCCCGCGUUUCCUGGCUAAGUUGAAAGACGCCAAGGAGGGCACCCAAGACGCCCUGGGCCAGCUGCACCAGACUUUAGUGCUGAUUGAACAUGUCAAACACGGGGUGGACCAGAGGCUGCAAAAUGGCCAGGAGAAACUCUUCCAGAUGUGGCUGGUCUGGAGCCAGAUGCAUGCUGGGAACGGCGAGCAGGUGGAUUCAUCAGCACAGCCAGAGGCCGAGUCCCGGACGCUGACCGUGUUUCGUGGGCUGGCUCAACAGGUGCAGCUCUCCUGCUGGACCCUCCUGUCCCAGCUCCAGGGUCUCCCCGCCACCAUCCAAGACAAAGCCAGGCUGAUCUGGCACCCAGUGGAGGGCCUCAACCGAUCUUUUUCGACCGCCCAUUCCUUCGAAGAGGUGCCCUCCACUGUAUUGGCCCAGAACUGCCAGCGGAUCGCCAUGCCCCGGGGCUCGGUGGACGAGAUCGUGGACUACGUGGUGCAGAACGUCCCCCUGCCCUGGGUGGUGGGGCCGUUCGCCCCCAGCUUGGUGGAACGGCCUUACGCCUGGGGCGUGGAGGGGAACGAGGAACGAGACGCCCCCCGACGCAAACGCCGUGCGGAGCCCAGGAAGGGAGCAGAAGGAACCUCUUUAUAG